CGUAGCCACAGCCUUUUUCGACAGGGAGGAGGAUUACAGAAAACUGUGAGGCACAGUUUAUCACACACUGUCCGACCUCCGGGCGGACUCCAGUCUCUGCUGCGCGCUCUGCACUUUAGAAAAUGGAAAAUAAAAUAAACGGAAGGAUGAGCACCAUCAGUACUUCCAUCGCCGAUUCCACCGAUACAAGAGUAAGUGACUUGAUUGAAGCUGAUUUCAUUAAUACGAAAUUACAGAACGAGUCACAGUCUCUAACUUGCCUGUCCUCCACCGUGCGUAAUUUUGGAAACGCCGGCGCACCAUUCCACGGUCUGAAUUCAAGCGGCGAAGGUGCCGUUUUCAAAGACUGUGUCACACUCGAUGGUUCACUUGCUGGGAAACAUUUUUAUGAUCGUAGCAGUGAAUAUCUGAAGUGUGACGGUGUACCGUGGGAAGAAUUUUCAAAACUUCAGAGGACGAAUGUGGCCGAAAGUUUGCCAAAUGUCAGCCUCUCCUCAACAACCGGAGCGUGUAAGUUCAUCAAGGAUGAAAAGGAGCCUUCUGUGAUCAUGGACACCCGCUGUCCCAACUUUAUUCCAUCAUCAGAGAUACCUGCGCUCGACACCUGCUGUGACACCGACAGGAAGCAGCAACUGGGGCUCAGCGACGUGGAGUCGAGCAGCUUUACACCUGCCGCGACGUGUCCCCGACCGGGACUGGAGGGAUCUCCAAACUUUCUGAUCGACCUGAACCAGUCAGAGCAGCUGCCGGCGCUCAACCAGGUGAGGACUGACUCCAGGUACGCUUUGUCCGGGAAGGCUGUCAUCAACUUUGAUACCAACUUGCACGCAGCCCAGCAGGUGAUGAUGUACAAGAGCGAGCUUCCCCGUUGGCAGGUGCAGACCUCUCCAGCUGAGCCCCAGUACUGGUCCCAGUGCGCAGGGGUGACCAAGGACCCGUUCACACACAGCAGCUACGAUGGGAUCCAGACCCAGACCCUGAUUCAGAGGAACUCAUCACCUUUCUCCGCAUUCCCAGGUAUGCCACCUCAGAGACAGUGUGUGAUCUGCGGCGAUGAGGCAUCUGGAUGCCACUAUGGAGUCCUAACCUGUGGGAGCUGUAAAGUCUUUUUUAAAAGAGCCGUCGAAGGCCAUCAUAACUAUCUCUGCGCCGGGCGAAAUGACUGCAUUGUGGACAAAAUUCGGAGGAAAAAUUGCCCCGCAUGUCGCCUCCGAAAGUGCUAUCAAGCUGGGAUGAUGCUUGGAGGCAGGAAGCUGAAGCGUUUUGGAGCCUUGAAAGCCUUGGGUUUGGCCCCAUCCCUGAUGUUCCAGUCCCACUUGGCCAUGUCCAGCGACAAUCAGGCCUUGACGACCAUGUCUUGCAUACCAGGCAUCCGCGAGGUGCACCUCUCCCAGACGAUCCUCAAUAUCCUGGAAAACAUUGAACCCGAGACCGUGUACUCUGGUUAUGACGCUUCCCAGGCUGAUGCCCCACAUAUUCUGCUCAGCAGCCUCAACAGGCUGUGUGAGAAACAGCUGCUGUGGAUCGUCAAGUGGUCCAAGUCUCUGCCAGGGUUUCGUAACCUUCACAUCAAUGAUCAGAUGACCCUGAUCCAGUACUCAUGGAUGAACCUGAUGGUGUUCUCUCUGGGCUGGCGCUCCUUCCAGAAUGUCACCAGUGAAUAUUUAUACUUUGCGCCUGAUCUGGUUCUCAGUCAGGAUCAAAUGAGGAGAUCUCCCAUUUACGACCUCUGCCUGGCGAUACAGUUCAUCCCUCAGGAGUUUGCCAAUCUCCAAGUUACCCGCGAGGAGUUUCUCUGCAUGAAAGCCAUAAUAUUACUCAACACAGUGCCUCUCGAGGGACUCAAAAGUCAGGCCGCAUUUGAAGAAAUGAGACAAAGCUACAUCCGGGAGCUGACCAAGGCUAUCCACAUGAAGGAGAAGGGCUUGGUGGCCAGCUCACAGCGAUUCUACCACCUCACCAAACUGAUGGAUGCCAUGCACGAUAUAGUGAAAAAGGUCAACCUGUUCUGUCUGAGCACCUUCAUCCAGGCAGACGCCAUGAAAGUGGAGUUUCCAGAGAUGAUGUCAGAGGUCAUUGCCUCCCAGCUUCCCAAGGUCCUGGCAGGCAUGGUGAGGCCCCUCAUAUUCCACGCCAAGUGAUGAUUUCAGCACGGACAUCUUGUGACUGGAUCAUUCAGCCCACAAUUACUGGAUUCUUUAUAGCCUUCACGAUUAUAGUCAGUCAUCUUUACUUUAAAAUUGCCUCAAAUGCUUUUAAGCCCUUGUACUUUAUGAGGUGAAACAGAAGAACAUGUUCCUUAAAAAUGCAUUUUUUAGUACAAAUCUAUCUUGAGUCUCAUAAAGUCAGAGGCAUCAAUCAAUAAAGCUCCACCGUAUAGUUCUGUUGAUUGAUGGUACUUGCUCGCUGAUAUACAGAGGGUUUUGACAACCAUUCGAGAUACUGAUAUUUUUGUACUGACGCUGCAUAAAAGAAGACAGUACUGACAAAACGUUAAAAUAUUCAGCGUUCUCGCCAACAUUUUAUUUGUAAUGAAAGUGAAAUGCAGGAGACACUGAAACCUGCUGCUUAAACUAAUGAAAUUGUUUAGGGAUGGUAGCAGCGUGACUCACUGCAUCUACUUCAAGGGAGGAGAAACUGGGAAGAUAACUAUCUGUAAAGUAUUUAAUAAUAAUAACAAAUUUUGCAACAAAUAGCAAAUUAUUGUCAUCUUAAGUUAAUUAGAAAUGAGUCAGUUAGAACACAUAAUUCUGCCAAGACCACCAUGCCCCCAAUGAGUUAUUUUCAUAAUAGAAUGUACUGAAAGAUUUUAAUCUACAGCUGAAUGGGCAUCAAAAUACACCCAGUUAUAGACAUUAAUGUGAAGCAUGUGACAGAUUCGAAGAGAGUGUAGUUCAUUAACAUAGACAAAGUUUUUAAAAGUGCCAAAUUUUACAAAUAAACCAUUUAAAGGAGCAGUGUGUAGGAUUUAGCGGCAUCUAGCGGUGAGGACUGCAGAUAGCAACCAGCUGAAACUUCUCCCAUGUGUCAAGCGUGAACUCCUGGUUUGAAUUUGUCCAUUUGUCCAUUCUGGGCUAUUGUCAAAGGUGCAACAUGGAUGAAGCUAUUUCAUUUCUGCAAAUAUAUCCCCCUGAAGCGGGAUUUAUACUUGUGCGUCAGCUCUGUGUAGAGAGCUAUAAUCUACGCACGUGGCCUAAACCGUUACACCUCGAAAACACUAGUCAGUGUGGCAUUUCUGUGAAAUGCUGUAAACUUUAGUUGAUUUAAAACACACCCAAAAUACAAAUUAAACAUAGCUUAAAAGUGACAAGUACGCAAAUCAGCUUCACUGUAACUCGCAGCAUUCACAGACAAAGUAUUUGUCUUUUGCUGGACACAUUUUCUACACAAAAACAACAUGCUAAUGUUUUUACCACAAGCCUAAGGCAUUUUACAUUGUAUAAAUUAGCCUAGUGGCUAGUGGACUUUUCCUCUACUCAAAUAAAGACAGGGACAGCAGCAACAUUUAACAAAGGUAAUGUUACAAAAUUCGGUUUCAUUACAACGCACAACAACGUUCACUGUCAAAACAAUUGUCUAUAGUAUAGUAACAUUCCUGGGGAGGUGCACGUCAGGCUACAUGCUGGACCUUUAAAAACGUCUGCAUCAGCAUGUCAGUAAACCCUGAUCUUUUUCUUCUUUGCACAUGGUAUUACUGUAACUUUCAUGCAACUGACAUCAGUUAAUAUGUUUUUGACUUGUACACUUACCAAACAAACAAAAACACUUUGACCAAAAAUAACUUUUCUGGUAUACGUAGUAAAAAAUAUUGUGCAAUUAAAACAAAUUGUCAUGUAGCUAUGGAUAGGAAGAAACCGACAUCAUACUAGAAGCUUUUUUCAGUGAAAAACACAACUGUAGGGACACAAAGACAACUGUAUUUACCCUCCAACACUUUAUGCACUGACAGUACAUUCUCAAUAUUCAGUCUGUUUUGCGUGUCCAAUCAAGUUUAUGGCUGCGGCGAUCUUAAGUUAUACUCAUCAACAGUGACAAAAGUGUUGGACCACAGGUCUAAUAAAUCACGCUGUUUAUUUAAAGACAUAUUUACGCACCAUCAAGACACAGUAGAUGAUUGCAAGGAAACAAGCUUGCCAUAUAAAAAAAAAGGAUGCCAAAUGUUACAUAUUUAGGAUAUGAAUAUCAUUUCCUCUGCUAAGUCAGACGGUAAGGGAGUGUUAGUCCAGCAUCAGUGUCCAAGGCCAUCUCGCAUUCUUAAAGAUGUAAAUGGAAAAGAACGCCCUGAUCUUGGCAAGUAUACAAGAUCUCAAAUACCUUUUAAAAUACAUUUUCGGUCACAAGAGAAAGUCUGUUCAGUCUGUAAUAUCUGAGGAGCUAAAGUGUUGUUGAUUAUUUUCUUUCUUUGAUCUUUUUCUGAAAUAUUAUCACUGAAGUUAACCUUUUAAAUAAUGAUGGACUUUGUACUUUGGAAAUGUUGUGACAGUACUAGAAAAUUAAAUAUUAAAUGGUAUCUUUAACAUAAUAUAAUCUGAUACAUGUCUAGUUAUUAUUACCGGUACACCAGUGUACCAGAGAGUACAGUUCCAACAGAGGCAUGAAAGGUGAAAGCUCCACCUCAUGAACAUUUCAUGACAUUAUAAAAACACAUUUUUACAUACUGCAUAUAUUUGGUGUGAUAAUUUAUAGUAAUACACAGUUAGAUGAAGUGAAUAUUUUUGAUUAGCGACGACAGAAGAACUCAUGAGCAGUAAUGUACAGUACAGUACCGUGUAGCUAACCAGAAAGUGCGCUGCAGCAGUGAGCAGGUUCAGUGGAUGAACAAUGAUCACAGGCCAUAAACAUGAAAGAUAAGGUGCAAAACCAUUAUGCUUUUUCUUUUAAAUUCUAAUAGAUUAGUAUUGUUAUUUUAAAUCACAGUUUGUUCUAUUACAGCUAGCAGAAAAUGUUUAUGAAACUACAGGUUUCCUUUAAUGAAAGGCAAGUGUUGAUUGAAUAGGAAGUUAAAAAAAAGAUAAUAUAUUUCUGAGAAUAAAACUUGUGAAAUUGGAUGUGAUUGUUUUUGUGUUUCUGUAGGAUAAUACUGGGACUAAAAACAUCAGUGCAGUUGAUGGGUAAUAUAUUUACAUCUAACAAUAAUAUCAUAAUACCCAUUUCUUCUUAAAGGAACUCCGAACCAACAAAAUUACCAUUUGUGAAUCAGUCAUGCCACGGUCCCUUGAAUUCGUAAAGAAAACUUCGUUUUUCUUGCACAAGCACUGAGCAUACAACUGGUUAAAUGACACUUGGAUUAGGCCGCACUGCACAAGUUAUGUGUGAGUUUGUAAACAGAUGUUUUGAUAUAGUUUUGCUGAGGCCUGCACUACGAAGCCAGUUCAACUUACCCAGGAUAUCUUUUGG